AUGAUUUCUGAUUUAUUAUCUGCAGAAAGUCAUGCUAUGUGCUCACCAAUAAUGCAAGCUAUCAUUGAAUUACCGUUGGAUUCAAUCAUUAAUACGCUCCAAAACUCAAAAUCAAUAUCAACAAGAGAUGCCAUUCAACUUGCAGAACAUGCUUCUGAAAUGUUUGGACCUGAAUCAAUACGUAUAUUACCUUACAUGCAAGUAAAUCCUGAAAUUUCUACUUCAGACAUAAUUGACAUUUUGAGCAAGUUUAAAGAUGUACCAAUUCUUCAAAAACUCUCGAGGAACUUCAUAAUUGACCUACUUGAUCAGGAAAAUGCCGUGGAAGAUGAUGAACCCGAAGAAAAUUUCAACAUUUUCAUGGAAAUUGAAACGAACAAUUUGAAAAACAUACAAAAAAUCAUUGAAAGUGGAAUAGAUGUCAAUACACGUACAGAUGGCGAUAUUACUCCUUUGAUGUAUUCUUCUUUGAAAGGACAUUUAAAUCAAGUCGAAUAUUUACUUUCGAAGCAUGCAGACAUUACUCUUAAAGACGAUGAUGGAUAUACAGCAUUGCACUGGGCUGCAAAAGGCCGCCAUUCUGAAAUUGUCAGAAAAUUAUUAGAAUCAGGCGCAGAUGUCAAUUCAACAAAUGAGAAUGGUUCUACACCACUUCUUGUAUCGUGUGGAGAAGGAGAUCUUGAAUCUGUGAAAGUAUUUGUUAAUUAUCAUGCUGAUUUAACGAAAUCUGACAAGUCAGGCAUGUUUCCAUUGAUUCAAUCAAUAUUAAACAAGCAUGAUGACAUUGCGUUAUAUCUUAUUGAUAAUGGAUCAGAUAUUAACCAAGUUGGACCAGAUAAUAACACUCCUCUUCAUUAUGCUGCUUUAAAUGGACUUUCUGAUGUUGUACAGAAGUUGAUUUCGAGAAAUGCAAGCGUAAAUGCUUUGAAUUCUUUUAAUGAAAAUCCUUUGAUAGCAUCUUUGACUUCUCAGAACUUAGAUAUAGCGAAUUUACUUCUUGAUGUAGAUGCUGAUGUAAAUAUUCAGAGCACAAAUGGUUUUACACCUUUGAUUCUAGCAACACAGAAUAAUAAUCUUGAAAUCGCAGAAAAUAUCAUUAAGAAGGGAUUAAAAGAUAUAGAUAGCAAGAAUAGCUACGGAGAAACUGCUUUAUUUAUUGCUGCAAAGAAUAAUUUUAACAAAAUUUUAGAUUUAUUAAUUAAAUCCGGUGCAGAUAUUGAUACAACCUCAAAAGAUGGAACAUCUACCCUUGAAAUAGCAAUAGAUAAUAACAAUGAAGCUUCAACAUUCCUUCUUAUUAAUGCAGGUGCGAAACAAACAUUUUCUGAGGAAUAA